UCUGUCAGUGUUGGAUGCUUUCUUUUGAUGUCCAUGCUUCAGAAUGUUGUGGCGGAAGAGGUCUUCAGCUUCUGUGAAAAAGUCUGGAAGCCCAAAGCAUUUGGGGAUUACAAAUGCAGUCCACACCAAGCUGUUGGCAUAAGUUCAGCAGCUUUGCCUGAUUCCAUUCAUCAGACUGCUUUAAAAAUGCAACGUCAUGGUGACAGCAGGACUUGCAGUUGCCGAGGAGGAGAUCGGCAGUGAUGGUUAAAAGUCCAGUGGUUGCACCGCCUGAUCAAGAGCAGUCGAACAGGCAUAUUUACCCGCAGGCUGUGGAUGUCUUUCUAAGUGAAGUGCAAGGACAAGUUUCCCCCCCCACCCCAAUUUAACACUCCAACAGCCAACUGAGAGCCAUGUCUGGGCCUGCUUCUCUCUUUGAUGCCACGCUGGAUCCUGUGGCCAGUCACGUUAAACACUGGAAGGAUCUGAAGAUCGACAGCACGUCUGGCCUCAGUCAGAGUGAUUACACGUCUUCCGGAUCUGCUCUAGAGGACAUAGAGGUGACAGACACUGACGGUGGAGAUGCUGCUCGGAGUGGUCCUCUAUUUUUAGAACGGAAUGUGAAACAGAGAGGAGCUGCAGCACCUGAGCAGCAGGAAGAGCGCCCCGCGGUGACGCCCCAUCCUGCUGAGAUCCCUUCUGCCUUUUCACCGCUCCUGGACACAUCCUGUGACAGCCAUCUGUUUGAGUGCGUGAACUCGUCAGAGGACACCUCACCGGACGUGCUUCGAAUAGUAAAACAUAAGCCAAGUGCGAUUGUUUUCUGCGAUUAUGAAGGCAGCCAUGCCGCUGUUGGGAAGGAGAGUUCUGACGGCAGGGAGUCCCCCUCUUCCUCCUCCGCUUCCAAAGAAGAGAGUGAAGAUGAAGAUGCUGAUGUUGAUGAAUUCCCUGAAACUUUACAGUACAAGGAGUUUCUGGUCAGUCGCCAUCGUAGGAGUUUGAACAAAAACAGAAAGUUUCUGAGGAGGAGGCCAGAGGUUCUGCCUCAUGGCCCUGCAGCUGACCGGCCAAAGACCUCCAACAGCAAAACGAGACCGGAGUGUGCAGGUGGCAAGGAGGAAGAGGAUACACGGCAGCAGUGUGACUCCAUGGUCCUGCUGAUGAAGAAAUUGGAUCACCUCAGCGAGGGAAUGCAAAACAUCCAAAACUCUAAUUCCUGCCACACAAAUGACGUUGGAGUCAAGGAGGAGCAGCAGGGCACCAAGAGUGCCCAGACUGUGUUCAGGAUGACCGUCCGAACAGGCCCGGAUCAAGGAGCCCACAAAUCUCCAGACAAACCUGAGCCGCUGACCAGACGUCGCUCACGACCCUUGACCCGCAGCAGGCCACUGACUCGCUCCUCCCUCACGUCUCCUACGCAUCUCCAAGCUCGUCAUGCCCGGGUUGCUGCAAAGAUGACCAGCGGAUCAGCAGAGAUUGAGGCAAAGGAGGCUUGUGAUUGGCUUCGAGCAGCAGGGUUUCCACAGUAUGCCCAACUCUAUGAAGAUUCCCAGUUUCCAAUCAAUAUUUCCGCAGUGAAAAGGGACCAUGACUUUUUGGACCGAGAUCUAGUCGAACCUCUGUGUCGACGCCUCAAUACUCUGAACAAGUGUGCAUCCAUGAAACUCGAUGUGAGCCACCCCAAGAAGAAGAGUGAUGAUUCUGAUGAAGAUGAUCCGUUGGCUAUCAGUAAGAGGUGGACAUUUGAGUGGAGCAGCCGCCGCUGGUCACGUCUGCAGGACCUUCUAUUGGACAGCGCUAACGAGAACAGCCCGACGGGUCAAGGCGAGGGUCUGCGCAGCACAGUGAGCAGUGAGAGCGUACUGACGGACCUGAGUGAGCAGGAAAUCACUGAGAUCUCCUCACUCCACAGUGAGGACUCGGCCUCCGCCUUGCCUGACUCUAUAUCCAUGGCGUCCCUGUCUGCUUCCUAUCAACCGYCGAGGGAACUUCCUCAUUACAACUCCCUUCCCAUCAAAAGCAGCCGCCAUGGGCAAGGAGGAAAGAGUAAAGCCAAAGAGUUUCUGCGCAAAAUGGAGCUGAUGCGCACCUGGGGGCCAUCGACGAGGAGRAAAAGCUCAAAUCGGAGGCCGCAGCUGGUCAUCGGUGAGCCGGUGUUACAGGGGGAGGAGCCUCAUGCGCUUCAGAUGCUUCAGUGUACUCCCAUCAGCCAAUUAGAAUGCAGCCCAAAACUCAACCAUCAAACAGAUGGUGACGAUCCCCCUGCCUCUGACAGCAAAACAUCUAAAGACCAGAUCACGCUAAAUGUGAGUCCGAGCAAAGAGACUGUAGCGCUGAGCGUUCAGGAGCCUGCAUGUACAAAACCRCGCACUGCCAGCAAGAGAAGCAGCAUGUACCUGGAGGAUAUGGAGUUGCCUUCUCAGGGGAAGAGGACUGAGGGUCAGGGCCAGUUUGGCAGAAACCAGUUUCGCUCAUAUGAAAACCUCCUCAUUCACAUCCCCAAAGACCACAAGCCAGGCACUUUUCCCAAAGCUCUGUCCAUUGAAAGUCUGGCACCUUCCCCCGGUGACAGGAACAAUAAKCCCCAGUCACAUAGCCAAACCUCCCCAAACGAAAAYGGUCUGGGCGAACCUUUAUCUAAACCUGCCUGUCCUGGAGCUCCGAGGGGCAGCAGGGUGAGUGUUUACGACAACGUGCCGGGCUCCCACCUUUAUGCCAGCACUGGGGACCUUCUAGACUUUGAGAAGGAAGACAACCUGUUUCCUCACUUAGACGACAUCAUCCAGCAUGUCAGUGGCUUGCAGCAGAUUGUGGACCACUGGAGCCGCAGCGUUUUGCCCGAGGGGGAAGCAGGGGAGGGGGAGGAGGAAGGGGAGGGCAGGACCACCCCCAGCGAAGGUGAGAGAGACGGGGUCUCCUUAAAUGACACCGAUUCAACAGGGACCAGUCGGGAGAGGCGGGACUCUGGAGUUGGGGCCUCGCUCACAAGACCUCGUCUCCGAUGGCCAAGUUUCAGAACGUCCGAUCAUCUCAACCAGCCAGYAUCUUCACUGCAGAUCAGCAGCCAGUCGGCGGGCCAGCUGAGCCUGCUGCAGAAGUUUUCUCUGCUCCGCCUCACCGCCAUCAUGGAGAAAUACUCCAUGUCUAACAAACAUGGCUGGACAUGGUCCGUGCCUAAGUUUAUGAAGCGAAUGAAGGUGCCAGACUACAAAGAGAAGAGUGUGUUUGGCGUUCCUCUGAUUGUUCAUGUCCAGCGCUGUGGGUUCCCACUUCCUCUGUGUUUACAACAGGCCCUCAGCCACCUCAGGACUUACUGUCUGGACCAGGUGGGAUUGUUCCGCAAGUCUGGUGUAAAGUCCCGGAUUCAGGCUUUGAGGCAGCAGUGCGAGUUGUCCCCUGACUGUGUAAACUAUGACGAUCAAUCUGCAUAUGAUGUGGCUGACAUGGUCAAACAGUUCUUCAGGGACUUACCCGAACCUCUGCUUACAAGCAAAUUGGGGGAAACUUUCCUGCACAUUUACCAGUGUAAGUAAAUGUGGGAGUAGAUUGUUUUCUCUCUCUUUAAUAAACUCUUUUACUUUUUUCUUUAAGUACACCAGCCAAUAAAAUAAUUGCCCGUUGAAUUUUAUUAUAGUUCCAAACAGACAGAGUUUUUUUGGCCCCUCUUGUGAAGAUGCAUGCAAAGCCUUAAAAUAGUCAUCUUUCUUUGCAGAAACAUUACCACUGCUUUUAUUAAAAAUACCUAGUGCUGCACUUAGUGACUCCACUGAAACUAAAUGAAACACUGAAGCAUUGUUUUAUAUUAAAGAGCUACUGAUCAGGGCAAUUUCCUGGCCASUUGUGGUUUUCUUUCAGGCCUGACUUUCCCAGUCCUAUUAUAACCAACAUUUAUUAGAUUUUUGGAACAAGACAGAUUAGCUGCAAGUUCACUGACAAAAGUUACUGUUUUGAAUUUAAACAGAAAAUGAAAGAAAUUACAAGAUUUUUCCAAAUUUUACAACAUACAUUGACUGUUAUUAAUUUAAAAUGAAUGRGACAUUUACACAGGAAGUUGUCCUUGAUGGGUUCGAUUCCUGGUUUUGGGCCAUUUGCUUCAUGUUUUCCCUUUCUCUCCUCUUCCUCUUUUCUAACAAAUUACUGUUCAAUAAAGGCCACUAGUGGCAAAAAAAAUCUUCCAAAACAUAAUUCUGAUAAUAUCAAAGAAGUGCAUCAAAG